AUGGGAAUGCAGGCUUUACUGUUCCUGUGUGUAGGAGCGUUGCUCACUUUUCAGGCAUCUUCAGACUGCGCACAGCCUCCCUGCAGGGACAAUUUAGUGGCAGCACCCAUCCCACCAUCUUCUGGAGUAGAAACAGACGCAUGUGAGGGUCAACAGGUCUGCAAUAAGGGAUUUUCACUUCCAGCCAUUUCAGAUGCUCCAUGGAAGGUGGAGCACAGGUCUGAUUUCCCCAAAGUUCAUCCGCAGGGUGGAGGUGUGAAGGAGCGUCUGGUUCAGCUGCAGCGCUGCAUGAUUUCUCUCCAGGAAACUGGCGGGGUUUGGACUGGCCAGGACAGCAAUUCUCUGGGGGCCAUCCUGGCGCUAAUGGCAGCCGUGCUGACAGAGUGUGACCUCCAUUGUCACAGCCAGGCCCUCGGGUCGAUGGCUAAACGACUGGAGAGUGCAGCUGUGGGAAGAGAGAGGGAGAAAGACCUGCUUCUCUUCCUAAAAAGCAUUACGCAUCAUCCUCCUACAGUUGCCCCUUUGGAAAGGUUGCAUCCUCGGGACUGUGCGGAGAUUUACAGACUGGGGAUCAAAGAGAAUGGUAUCUACACCAUUCAACCUGACCUGCACAGACCAGCACUAGAGGCUAAAUGUGACAUGGUGACGACGGGAGGUGGGUGGACAGUGAUCCAGAUUCGUCAGGACGGCUCAGUGGACUUCAACAGGACAUGGCAGGAAUACCGGGAGGGCUUUGGCAAUCCGCAAGGGGAACACUGGCUGGGAAACGCAGCACUGCACACGCUUACGUCUUCUGGCCAACACCAGCUUCGUAUAGAGCUGGAGGACUGGCACCAACAGAGGCGCCAUGCCACCUACAAUAACUUCAAAGUAGCCUCAGAGGCACAGAGGUACCGUCUGACAUCUCGUGAGUACUCUGGUGAUGCAGGAAAUGCAUUGAGCUACAGCAAACGCUACAACCACGAUGGCAGAUCUUUCAGCACCACUGAUAGAGAUUAUGACCGCUACGCCUCUGGAAACUGUGGUCACUACUAUGGUGCAGGCUGGUGGUUUGAUGCCUGCCUGGCCGCCAACUUGAACGGGCACUACUACCGGGGCCGCUACAGCGGCGUGACUAAUGGUAUUUAUUGGGGGACAUGGUACAUACUGACUGAUGGGCGAACUGGUGAACGGUAUUCCUUCAAGAAAGUAGAGAUGAAGAUAAGACCACGGAACCUUGUAGGCUCAUCAUAA